AUGGAGGAGUAAUUAUACAAAAUAGUAAUAGUAGGGAAUAGUGCUGUUGGAAAGUCUUCAUUGCUUAUUCGAUUCUGCGAUGAUUAAUUCAGAGAUAUGUAUCUCAGCACAAUCGGAGUUGAUUUUCGUUUUAAAUCGCUUAGGGUUAAUGGAUAGGGAGUUAAAUUGUAGAUAUGGGAUACCGCUGGUUAGGAGAGAUUUAGAAAUAUUACUAACUCUUACUACAAAGGAGCAUAAGGAAUCGUUGUUGUUUACGAUAUUACAAACCUUAAGUCUUUUGAAGAUAUCCGUAAAUAUUGGAUGAACGAACUCAAUCAUUAUGCAGACGAAAAUGUAUUGUUGAUGCUUUUGGGAAACAAAAGCGAUUUAGCAACCGAUGAAUCUAGAUAAGUAACCACAGCUAUGGCUGAAGAAAUGGCCAAAGAAUAUAAUCUAAAAUUCUUUGAAGUUAGUGCAAAAACAAGUGAUCAAGUGGAAGCUGCAUUUCAAGCUUUUACUCAGUAAAUUCAGGAAACAGGAAUCGCUGGAAAAGUAAGAAAACCACAACCCCAAUAAUAUUUACAAACUCCAUUGCCUUAAGAGGAAAAACCAAAAAAAUAAGACAGUUGUUGCUGAUUUAUUUGUUAAAUUUUAGGACAACAAUAUUAUAUAUCUGGAGAAUUAA